AUGAAAAGCACCAUUAAAGGCUCGGCCAAGCUUUCCCGCCACAUUUUAACCGCAGCUCAAAACAUUGAGGCUCUCAUCAUCCAGGCACUGGAUAAGAUCCCAGAUAUCCAAACCCUCAAAAAGCUCCACUCGAGGAUCAUCUGCGAUCCCGAUUUCCACUCGGACACAUCCCUCGCCAUCAAACUAAUGCGGGCUUAUUCAUCCCGCGGCCGGCCCGAUAUGACCCGCAGGGUGUUCGAAGAAAUUCCCGAGCGAAACAACGUCAUAUGCAAUGUCAUGAUCAGAAGCUACGUCAACAAUCACUUUUACGGCGAUGCAAUUCUGAUUUAUAAGAGCACGCUAGCCUCCGGCGUUACCCCUGAUCACUACACCUUGCCCUGCCUUCUCAAAGCUGGCUCGUCAAUGGAAAAUUUAAAAUUUGGUGUCCAAAUUCAUUGCACUGCUGUAAAGAACGGUCUCGAUUUGACUCUGUUUACUGGGAACGGGCUGAUCGCAAUGUACGGAAAAUGUGGGGAUUUGGUUUGUGCGCGAAGGGUGUUUGACGAAAUGCCCCUUAAGGACAUCGUCUCUUGGAAUUCAAUGGUGGCGGGCUAUGCACAGACUGGACUUUUUGACAAAGCUUUAGAGGUGUGUAAGGAAAUGGUGUCGUUGGGCUUGAAGCCCGACCCGGGCACGAUGGCCAGUCUCUCGCCAGCUGUGACGAACACAACUACAGAGAAUGUCAAUUUUGUGGAAAAGAUUUUCUCGGAUAUGGCUAAGGAGGAAUUGGUGGCCUGGAACGUGAUGAUUGCUGUGUACGCAAACAAUUCCAUGUCGGGCGAGGCAGUCGAGCUUUAUUUGCGAAUGGAGGCCAGCAGGCUGGAGCCCGAUUCGAUUACAUUUGCUAGCGUUCUUCCAGCCUGUGGCGAUCUUUGUGCCGUGUCUUUGGGAAAGAGUAUUCACAAAUAUGUCGAUAUUAGAAGGCUUCGGCCUAAUUUAUCCGUGGAAAAUGCUUUGAUCGACAUGUAUGCCAAGUGCGGAUCCUUACAUGAUGCGAGAAAAGUGUUUGAUGAAAUGCGUGUCAAGGAUGUCAUCUCGUGGACCUCGUUGAUGUCCGCCUAUGGUAGGAGCGGAAAAGGUGAAGAAGCAAUCAAAUUAUUUUCCAAAAUGCAAAAUUUAGGUAUCGUCCCGGAUUCCAUAGCGUUUGUCUCAGUUCUCUCGGCAUGCAGCCAUGCGGGAUUGUUAGAAGAAGGGCGCAAGUAUUAUAAACUAAUGACGGAUGUAUUUAAUGUUAUUCCUAGGUUAGAACAUUAUACUUGUAUGGUCGACCUACUUGGGCGGGCGGGCCAGGUUGACGAGGCCUAUGAUCAUAUCAAGAAAAUGCCGUUGGAGCCGAAUGACAGGGUUUGGGGUGCUCUACUGAGCGCUUGCCAUGUUUAUAACAAAUUGGAUGUUGGUGUUAUAGCGGCCGACCGUCUUUUCGAAUUGGCUCCGCAGAAAUCCGGUUAUUACGUCCUUUUAUCGAAUAUUUAUGCAAAGGCUGGGAGGUGGAAGGAUGUUGAUUUUAUCCGCUUGCUUAUGAGAGAAAGAGGAAUCAAGAAAAUUCCUGGGGUCAGCAAUGUCGAGCUUGAUAACAAAGUCCAUACUUUUCUCGCAGGCGAUAGAUCGCAUGAGCAAACUGUGGAGAUUUAUUCUGAAUUGGAUGUAUUAUUGGGGAAAAUUAAGGAAAUGGGUUAUGUUCCGAAGACAGAUGGUGCGCUGCAUGAUGUCGAGGAGGAGGAGAAAGAGAAUCACUUGGUGGUUCACAGUGAGAAGCUGGCAAUUGUGUUUGCGAUUAUCAACACCGGGCCCACAACGCCGAUUAGGGUUACGAAGAAUCUCCGUGUGUGUGAGGAUUGUCAUGUUGCUAUAAAGUUCAUCUCCAAGGUUACGGAGAGAGAAAUUUUGGUGAGGGACACGAAUCGAUUUCACCAUUUUGAGAAUGGGAUUUGCUCGUGCAGCGAUUAUUGGUGA